UGCAGGAUCCCACUUCAGGGUCUAACUUGUCCUAGAGGGUGUCGUUUUCUGAGCCACAGUCAAGCAGUUUUUUGAGUUUCUGUCUUCUCUUCAAAUAGUCUUCAGUUCAUCCUCAGAGUGGGAGGAGAUUUCGAGGGCCCUUGACAUUUGAGGUUGUAUAUAAUCCUAAUUGAAGCAGUAUGGCGACUAUUGCUGAUAUUUCUGUUGCAGCAUCUAUAAAUAUACUCAGUGCAUUUGCUUUCUUUGUGGCUUUUGCGGUACUGAGAAUUCAGCCAAUCAAUGAUAGGGUAUAUUUCCCAAAGUGGUACCUGAAAGGUUUGAGAAGCAGUCCAUUGCAGUCAGGUGCUUUUGUCCAUAAAUUUGUCAAUUUGGACUUCCAUUCAUAUUUGAGAUUUUUGAAUUGGAUGCCUGCUGCAAUGCGAAUGCCAGAACCUGAGCUUAUUGAUCACGCAGGAUUGGAUUCUGCUGUUUACUUAAGAAUUUACUUGACAGGGCUUAAAAUAUUUGUUCCUAUUGCAGUAAUUGCUUUCACAGUUAUGGUACCUGUCAAUUGGACCAAUAGCACUUUAGAGCAUUCCAAUUUGACUUUUAGCAACAUAGACAAGCUUUCAAUUUCAAACAUUCCUCAUGGAUCAAAAAGAUUCUGGACUCACAUAGUAAUGGCUUAUGUCUUUACAUUCUGGACGUGUUAUGUUUUGAAGAGGGAAUAUGAGACAAUUACAUCAAUGAGAUUGCAGUUUAUUGCUUCAGAACAUCGACGUCCAGAUCAAUUUACGGUACUUGUAAGAAAUGUGCCACCAGACCCUGAUGAAUCUGUUAGUGAACUUGUGGAGCAUUUCUUCAUGGUCAACCAUCCUGAUCACUAUCUAACUCAUCAGGUGGUUUACAAUGCAAACAAGCUCUCUGAACUCGUGAAUGAGAAAAAGAACAACCAGAACUGGCUUGACUACCAUCAACUGAAGUAUGCUAGGAACCAAUCAAGAAGGCCCACAUCCAAGAGUGGUUAUCUUGGCUUUUGGGGUAAAACAGUGGAUGCUAUCAAUUUUUACACCUCUGAAAUUGAAAGACUUUCGAAGGAAAUAGCUGCUGAGAGACUGAAGAUUGACAAUAAUGCUAAGCACAUAAUGCCUGCAGCAUUUGUUUCCUUUAAAACAAGAUGGGGAGCUGCUGUUUGUGCUCAAACUCAGCAGUCAAGAAAUCCAACCUUGUGGCUAACUGAAUGGGCUCCAGAGCCCCGUGAUGUGUAUUGGAAUAAUCUAGCAAUUCCCUAUGUCUCACUUACUAUUAGGAGGCUUGUCAUAGCUGUUGCAUUUUUCUUCCUUACCUUUUGCUUUAUGAUUCCCAUCGCUUUUGUUCAGUCCCUUGCAAACGUAGAGGGAAUAGAGAAAGCACUUCCUUUCCUGAAGCCAAUAAUUGAAAAGAAAGUCAUUAAGGGAUUCAUCCAGGGUUUUCUUCCAGGAAUUGCUUUGAAGAUUUUUCUCAUAUUUUUACCAUCAAUACUGAUGUUGAUGUCGAAAUUUGAAGGAUUCAGCUCCAUAUCAGCUCUUGAAAGAAGAUCUGCAACUAGAUACUACAUUUUUCAGUUCAUAAAUGUCUUUCUUGGAAGCAUCAUCACUGGAACAGCAUUUCAGCAAUUAAAUAACUUUAUUCACCAGUCACCAAAUGAGAUUCCAAAGACAAUUGGUGUCUCCAUACCUAUGAAAGCUACCUUCUUCAUAACGUACAUAAUGGUGGAUGGAUGGGCUGGAGUUGCAGGCGAGAUUCUUAGAUUGAGACCUUUAAUUAUCUAUCACCUCAAAAAUUUCUUCGUGGUAAAGACUGAAACUGAUAGGGAGGAGGCAAUGAAUCCUGGGAGCCUGGGUUUCAACACAGGCGAACCUCAGAUACAGCUGUAUUUCUUGCUGGGGCUGGUUUAUGCUGUUGUUUCUCCAAUUUUGCUUCCUUUUAUCGUCAUAUUCUUUGGACUAGCAUAUAUUGUAUACCGUCAUCAGAUUAUGAAUGUCUACAAUCAAGAGUAUGAGAGCGCUGCAGCAUUCUGGCCUGAUGUUCAUGGGCGCAUCAUAAUAGCAUUGAUAGUCUCCCAAUUGCUUUUACUGGGGCUGUUGAGUACAAAAGAUGCUUCUCAGUCAACUCCAUUUCUCAUUACACUCCCUGUAUUGACCAUAUGCUUCGACAGAUACUGCAAAGGUCGUUAUGAACCUGCCUUUGUUAGAUAUCCAUUGCAGCAAGCUAUGAUGAAAGAUAUACUGGAUCGUACAAGGGAGCCAAAUGUUAAUCUAAAGGAUUACCUUCGAAGUGCUUACAUCCACCCUGUCUUCAAGGCCGGAGAUGAUUAUGAGAACAAUUUGGUUAGUGAAGAUGAGGAGCAGGAACCUACUCUUGUCCCCACAAAGCGCCAGUCUCGAAGGACCACCCCGUUUUCCAGCAAAUACAGCGGUUCAUCUCAGUCUUUCCCAUAUGAAGUUGAUCAGAACUUGCAGCCCUGAGAAGCUUUGACAUGAACCUUUGUUAGAAAUUGAGCCUACUAUGAGUUUUAGAUAUUCAGCUUGAUAUUUGAAAUCAAGUUGGCAAGAAGCAUGUCCUUUGACCAAAGUGUCUCAUGCAAUGUUCUUUCGCAGGAAUACGGGUCUUUAGGAGUUGUAAUUGAGCAUUUGGCAUGAUCAAUUUUGGCUGAAUAUUACCAGCCUGAGUUUGUAUGGUAUUUGGAAUGACGAAAUUUCUCUGUACAUAGACCAUUCUUUUACCAAGUAUAGCAGCUAGGUUCCAGAUUCUCUA